AUGCAAUACAAGCCGGCUGCCCCCAAGUGUGAAAAAGAUGAGUUCUAUCUGAGCCUGGACAAUAUCAUCAGAUCGGUUCCGGAAGGGGACAAUCUCACCAUAGGAGGUGAUCUGAAUGGACACGACGUCAGCGAAAAGAGAGCACUGGAAAGGGUACAUGAAGGGGGGAGCGCUGGAUCCCUAGGAGACAAAAAACCAUGGUUCUGGAACGAUAAGGUCCAGCAACGUGUGAGAAAGAAAAGAGCUGCCUACAAAUGGUGGCAGAAAACGCGAGCUCCAGUAGAUCUAGUUGCCUGCAGAACUCCUAAGAGGGCCGCCAAGGCUGCCAUAGCUAAAGCAAAGAAUAUGGAAAUGGAGGCCCUAUUCGAGAAAUCCGAUGGCCGAGGAGGAGACAAAUUCGUCUUCCGAACUCCUCUUCUCCUAGCGGCACCGGGCUACCCAAGACAUCGGGAUGGUGAAGCCAGUUACGAACACGAAGGUGGGUGCAAUCGUGAGGGAGCUUUGGGAGGUCAGGAGUAG